AUGCCCAACGUCGAGACUCCCGAUAUACCCUCCGAGUCCCAGCGGGGCAAGGAGAGUGGGCUAGCGAGGGAGAUGCUGCAACCGGCCCCUGCGACAUCCGCAGCGAUAGCGGAGAACCGUCGCAGCACCACCGAUGCGAUGGCCGCCGCUAAAAGCAGCCUCCUCUUCCCCAUAGUUGAUGAUAGCGACCCGUUCGCCCUUCUGUACUCAACCCCGGCGAAUCAGCCGUUGUCUCUUGCGAGGCGCAGCCACGGCACGGAGUCGCUCUUUCAAUACUACGCCUUGCGUGGGUACAAGGAGGUCUUGAGCGAGGCGGCAACCCCGGAGGCGGCGAGGGCGGUGCAGGCGUGCCUGGAGGGCGGCGUGGCAGCAGCCGUGGCGCAGCAACGCCUUAGCGACAAGAAGAAGGCCGCGCCAUCGCUUAAUACCCACAUCAUAGACAGGUGUCUCGUCAGCACUGCCGCCGCCGCCGCCUCUCCUGACGCCCCCACCGUGGUCCUUGCGACGGACAGCGCUGUCAGCAGUGUCGUGCCCCUGUACGUCCCCCUCCGACCGGCACAGACACAGGAUUUCAUCUCCAGCUUCCGCACCCAGCGAGCGGAUGACGCGCGCGCGGCAGCGGAGCAGGAGCGCCGCGAACGGCUGCGACAGGUGCCUGAGGCUGCCGUCUACCUCGGUCGCUACUACCCGGAGGGCAACCAUAUCGUGGCCGACGUGCGGCUGCAACUGACGGAAGAGAAAUCCGAGCCCGUGGCGAACUCCGGAGUGGCUGCAAAGCCCUGGGCGCGCAGUCCUGUUCGCACCUCCGCACCACUGUUGACGCCCACCGCUUCCAACCGCGGCAGUCGAGCCCUCUCCAGCCCCGCUCUUGGCCGUCACUCCAUCAAGGCCGGCAGCCUUUCCGCACCGUCGAUCGCGCCGCUGCUGCUCCGCACGCCGCAGGAGGUGGCCACCACAAUGCAGAAGCACCAAGAAAGCCGUCAUGCGCUGGCGGACCAGAUCGAAAAUGCCUUCGUGGACGCCUACCACCUCCGCGAUCCAGCGGCGGCGCAGCGGCAGCGCGACCGCGAGUUAAUGGAGGCGCAGCGUCACUCCAUGCAGGCGGCAGCGGCGCUUCUGGCCAAAACGGGAGCCGCGCCCGCAACGAAGAGACGCACGACGGUGGGCGCCUCGAAGAAGGCCGGCGGCACAAAGAAAAAGUCGACGGCGGCUCCGGCGACGCCGCCAAAGCGCGAGGGCGGCGUGCCCGCUAACUUGGAGGUGUUCCGCGCCUCGCUGCUGCUUUUAUGCAACGAGGACGGAGCCGUCACGCUGGACCAGCUACGCGUACUGCUGGCAAAUGUCCCUUUCCACGUUGGCACGCUCACUACGACCUCCGCGGCCGCCUCGGUCGGCGUCGCUGAACGUAUGUUUCAUAUCAUCUACAGGAGCACACGUGCUCCCAGGGCCACAGACGCCACCGAUUUACUGCUCGCUGUCGCGUCUGCCACAACUACCGGCCUUGGCGGUUCGCUGUCGCGGCAGGGGAAUGUCGUGGGCGACAGCUUCAUCAGCGCCGCCCCUCACGGUCCACAGAACAGCUUCUCUCGGAGCAGCAACGCCCCUGUUGGUGCACGACGUGGUCCGGGCGCGAAUGCGCCGCUGGCGGCAGCGGGGCGAACGCGGUCGCCAUCCACGUAUUUCCCGCUGCAAGCGAGCAAUCCAAGUGUGAUAUCGCCGAUCAUGGCCGCGGCUGAAAUGGGUGCCAGUACGUCUAGUGGAGCUCACACCCCGAAAACCCCGUCGCUGACGACUGGGGCUGCGCUCUCGUGCAAUGAAGUGGUAGGUGCCGGUAGCGUUGGGAAACAGCCGCCACCCCACAGUGUCCCGACGGACAUGCAUGAUGGGUGCAAGUGCGUCCUCGUGGUCGAGUUGCUGGACGCGCUGGAUGCGCUUCUGAACAGUGUCGAGACGAAGUGUGUCGUGCGGUGGGAGUGCUUCAACGUUCUGGCGGUGGAAGGGAACGGCUACAUCCACACGUCGCAGCUGGCGAAGCUGCGCCGGUGUGCUUACCGCGACGGCUCGGCGGCAGAAGAGCAGGCGGCCGUCACGGCGGCCAUGGUGAAGGCCCUCAGCGACGUCUUCGCGGUUGUUGCGACGGAGGAGGAGGCCGCCUACCUCAAAGCGAACAGGAAGCGGAAAAAGAAAAAGGGCGGCGCUGUGGCCUUGGCGGCACACCAGAGCUCGCCGAUACCGUUAAACGUCAUGCGCAAGUCACACCUGGACUAUGCAGUCUUCUGUCGCUUCUUCGACGAGAUGCCGCUCAUGGCGGCCGCCUUCGCGCACGUGUGGCUGCCCCUUCUCCUGAACGGGCGCCGGCACACGGCGGCGGCGGGCGGCACGAUGGUAAGGGUUUCGGAUGCCUCCAAGUUCUCCACAGCCUCACCCAUACCAGGCUUCGCCACUGGAGCGACGUUGCUGAUGCCCCCCUCCCCCGGGUCAUCGGCAGACGCCGUAGGUGAAAAGGACGGAGAGGAGGCGACUGGACAUCGCCUCUCACUGUCGUCGCAGCUGCAGCGGAGACCAGCACCCGCCGAAGAGGACGAUCCCAAUGCGUAUCCUCUUGAGCUCCUGGGCAGCACAGUGGAUGCUCGGCAGGCGGCGGUGCGGCAGCUGGUGAUAGAGCGGCAGGAGCACCUGCAUCAGGCCUGCGACGCCGCGGAGAAGGAGAAGCUGACUGUUGUGCAGAGCGACGAACCUGGUAAUGGCAGCACCUUUGCAGGUUCGUAG